GUUUUUUGGGUGCAAUGUGAGACAACACUCGGUGAUAAGCUUGGAUUUGCAAUUCCGCACUCACACACGUAGCAGAAAAAUACUGUUCUUAUCGAUCGUUUGCGCAUUCUGGUCCGAAUUUUGUUUUGCCCAUAUUUUCUAGGUUUUCUUUUAUUUACCCGCGCACGCGUUUUCAGCGCAGGUAAUCGCCAGCAUGCACAGCAGUGGUGUCGGUGGUGUCGGUGGUGGUAGGCGUUUGCUGCGUCGUUUAAUGCGUCCUCAACAACGGCGUCGUCGCGUGCUCACCGUCGCGGCAGCUGGCGUUCUUAUUUGCUUCAUCGUGUUCAUUCUUCCUCUGCUCUUCUCCGCCCCUAAGAAAAUCGAGACCCAGGCGAAUGGACAACGGCUGCCCACGCUGAAGUCACCGACGGUCCUACCAGACCAAACACAGGCGACACACGCCCCAGCACUCGGCGAUGAUGGAACACGACAGCGUCUGCCGGAACCCACGGAGGGCAAGCAGGGCGGAGGCGGCGCCGAUCCGCAGAACCGAUCGACACAUGCUGCGGCCCGUGCAGGGGGCUUUCAGGAGCUCUACGCGCUGGAGUUGAAGGAGCUAGAGGCGUUGGACCUCUUUGCGCUGCGUCCAGGCGAGCAGAAGGUGUCCUUUGAGCGCUUUGCCGGCUGCCUCGGCACAUUGCUCGCGGUAGACCCGGUCGAUCAGACCGAGGUGCCAAGGCCAAGCCCGGCCAACAUGCAAGAACUGCCCCUUAUGAUCUCCGUCACCGCCGGCAACACACAGGACCUCAAGGCGAUGAUAUGCAACCUGAGCGUGUCCUACAAGUACAUCGUGCUGGCGCAGACGGGCGACACCCCAGAAAUGACGCCGUUCUUUGACCUCCUCACUCGCGCGUUUCGUUUCACGAAUCGUUUGGUAGUGCUGCAGUUUAAGAACAGCAUCGGCUUCGCUGGCGCCGUGAACGCAGGCUUACGCGAGGCACUGCGUCACCCUUUUGAGGAGGUACCCUUUGUGCACAUCAUUCACAACGACGUGCGUUACGUGGGCACCGCACUGGCAGACUCCAUUCGGGACGCGUAUUGGGACGUGCGAGACGACAAGGCGGUGAUCGCGAGGUUAGAGGCAGAGGUGAAGACGGAGCCGAACAACUACACACCUCUUAUCCGGCAGCCGCACGGGCUACGUGCGCCAAUCUCACCUGACGGUCCCUUGCCUCAGCUGAGCAACAAUCCGAAUGUCCUUGUGACGUCCGCGCUGCUGCCAGACCGCGUGCGUUAUAUGAAUAGUGUCGAUCGCAAGAGCGAAUUUCAUGACCGCGUCGGGAUCGCCUUCCACGGCAGCAAAGGCGAGUAUACGGCCGUCUAUUUAUCCCGUCUGGCUGUGCUGACCGUCGGCUUCUUUGACGAGAACUUCUACCCCGCCCUGCUCGACGACACCGACUUUCGCUGGAGGGCUGCCAUGCUGGGGUUUACUGAAAUGCGGCUUCCCGACUUUGACAAAUCUCUCGUGGCCUUCGACGGUGAUUGCACCAGCGUGCGGGUGGAUGGGGAAGAGGAGGGCAGACCCGCCCUACUGAUCCCCGUCGCGCGCAGGCAGGCGGCGGCGGGCGGGCCGAACAAUGGCAAGGCGCAGCUCUCCCCCGCCACAAAGGCGCUGCUGCGGGAGUGUGCAACAGCAUUUUACCGAUCGGUGCAGUUCAGCUACAUGACCACCAAGUGGAACGUGGCCGACUUUAUGGCUCUGGCGGGGCCGAUGACGUCUCACCAACCCUACACGCUGGACGCCUUCAGCGGCAAAGCGCACCUUCCGCUGGAUGCGUGGGUCGUGGACACGCAUCGGAUUUCAGUGGUGAAGAGGUCGCUGCGGGAUACGGGGGCUGGCGGUCUCAAGACCGAGCCGUACAACCCGCAGGUCAUCCUGGAGGCACUGAGGUAG